AUGACCAACCCCAAAGACUACCAUCUCCUCUGCUUCGACGUCUACGGCACAUUGAUAGACUGGGAAAGCGGCAUCAUCGCCGCCCUCCAACCAAUCCUCUCGAAAACACCCACCAAAUUCACCCGCGAGCAUCUCCUAACAGUUUACCACGACCUCGAAAGCACCCAACAACAACAAACUCCAGACCUCCCCUACUCAACCCUCCUAUCAUCCAUCCACCCCAUUCUCGCCUCCCGCCUAGGCCUCCCCACACCCAGCGACGAGGAAAACACCAACUUCGGCAACUCCAUCGGAACCUGGCCCGCCUUCCCGGACACCGUCGACGCCCUGCACCGCCUGUCAAAGCACUUCAAGCUCGUUGUUUUAUCGAACGUGGACCGCGACUCGUUCGCCAAGUCCAAUGCGGGCAGUUUGCAGAACGUGCAUUUCGAUUUGAUCAUCACCGCGCAGGAUAUCGGGAGCUAUAAGCCUGAUCGACGGAACUUUGAGUAUAUGCUGGAUGCGGUGAAGGGUGAAUUUGGAGUGGCUUCUGAUUCGGUCUUGCAGACGGCUCAGAGUCAGUUCCAUGAUCAUCGGCCUGCGAGGGAGGUCGGGAUUAAGUCUGUUUGGAUUGAGAGGGCUGGGGCUUUGAUGGGGAAUACGGGAGAGCCAAUUUUUGAUUGGAGGUUCGGGACACUUGGGGAGAUGGCCGAUGCUGUUGAGAGGGAGUAA